AUGGCGGCCAGUGAGAUAGAUGUUUUCGCAAAUGAAGAGAAGCGAAACCUGGAGCUCGGAGGCCAUGUGGGCUUUGACAGUCUUCCCGACCAGUUGGUCAGCAAAUCAGUUGCACAGGGAUUCUGCUUUAACAUCCUCUGCGUAGGGGAGACCGGGAUAGGCAAGUCAACAUUAAUGAACACUCUCUUCAAUACAACAUUUGAAAACGAGGAAGCCAGCCACUAUGAGAGUGAGGUGCAGCUACGCCCACAAACGUACGAUCUGCAGGAGAGCAAUGUCAACCUCAAGCUGACCAUUGUGCACACUGUAGGGUUUGGAGACCAGAUCAACAAAGAACAGAGCUAUAAACCCAUUCUUGAGUAUAUCGACACCCAGUUUGAAAAGUACCUUGAAGAGGAGCUAAAAAUAAAACGCUCCCUGUUUAAUUGCCAUGACACGAGAAUCCACAUCUGCCUGUAUUUCAUCGCUCCCACCGGACACUCCCUGAAGUCGCUUGAUCUCGUCACAAUGAAGAAACUGGACAGCAAGGUGAACAUCAUCCCUGUUAUUGCAAAGGCAGACACAGUAUCCAAGAGUGAACUGGACAAGUUAAAGAUCAAGAUAAUGAGUGAGCUGGUCAGUAACGGAGUGCAGAUUUAUCAGUUCCCUACAGAGGAUGAAGCUGUUGCAGAGAUCAACUCCUCCAUGAAUACUCAUCUUCCCUUUGCUGUGGUUGGAAGUGUAGAAGACGUUAAAGUAGGAAACAAGAUGGUGAAAGCAAGGCUGUACCCCUGGGGAUCCGUCCAGGUGGAGAAUGAAAACCACUGUGAUUUUGUGAAGUUAAGGGAGAUGCUACUGCGUGUGAACAUGGAGGAUCUCCGAGAGCAAACUCACGCUCGACACUAUGAGCUCUACCGUCGCUGCAAGCUAGAAGAGAUGGGUUUCAAGGACACGGACCCCGACAGCCAGUCGUUCAGUCUUCAGGAGACAUACGAAGCCAAGAGGAAGGAGUUCCUUGUGGAUCUGCAGCGCAAAGAGGAAGAAAUGAGGCAGAUGUUCGUCAACAAAGUGAAGGAGACAGAAGCAGAGCUGAAAGAAAAGGAAAAAGAGCUUCAUGAGAGGUUCGAGCAGCUCAAGCGGAUGCACCAGGAAGAAAAGAAGAAUCUGGAAGAGAAAAGACGAGAACUGGAGGAGGAGAUGAAUGCCUUCAAUAGAAGAAAGGUUGCAGCUGAGACACUGAUGGGACAGGCCCUCCAAGGCUGCUCGCAACCAUUCAAGAAGGACAAGGACAAGAAGAACUUCUUUAGUCUUCCGUCUGCGUGCUCCUUAACCUCAGGAAGGAAUUUGAAUUAGAAGACUUUCUACCACGUCAAAAGAUCACAGACUAACAAUCAAGUAUAUUAUUUUUACAAUGUGAAUUUUAUAGAAAUGCACUUACCAUCCCUGGAAGUGAGUCAGCCUGAAGUCUUCCAUGUCUACUAAACUCUCCUUUAAGCUUUUAAGCAGCGCUCUGUAGCAUGGUUUCUGCAUGGCUCCUAACCUUCAUUCCUAUUAAAUACCUUUAUAGCCAAAAUCUCCGUUUGUACUCAAUGUGCUACCGUCUUUCAUCUGUCAUGUUAUGCUUGUAGUUUUGGACUGAUGACAAUUUACACUGUGAAAUAUAUAUUAUAAAGUGACAUGAUAUUGCUGUUAAAUGUUAUGUGGAUUGUACAUUGUUAUGAUUUAAAAGCACUUUAAAAUGCAGUCUGACAUGCAGUUUAAAAUGUAGUCGCAGUACAAAUACUAUAUAAUCAUUGUAAGAGGCCCCCUAUCAUACUAACAUGUCAGCCCAUAUGUUGUGUCAAAAAAGACCUACUUAGUAAGUAUUUCAUAGUUUUAAAACUGCAAAAACUAUACUGUUAAUACCUGAAAAAGCCUGGAUGUAUAUAAAUUCAGGAUUAAAUCUCUUAAUGUUAGUCGAUCUAUGGUGGGUCUGUCUGGACCAGAUUUGCAGAUUUGUAUAUCCUGAUGUA